GGUCGUGUGGCGCGCUCUCACGCAAGUCUCGCGGCUCCACUGUGUGCGUGCGCGCAUACGUCACCUGCCACGCGCGAGACCUACCACGUUGUACACCUUGUGAAGCGUUGUGUUUCGUACGUAUACAUUAACAGCAUUGACAAGAUAUAUAGAAUAUAUAUCAAAACUUUAAAGAGUGCACGCGCGGCAAACAGCGUUUUAAAUUAUCAUCAUCGUCAGACGUUGAUUUUAAACAAUCGUCUUUAAAAUCCGUGUUGAUUGCUCUUUAAUUGUGACAAAAUCGAAGAUAGAAUAUCGAGAACGCUGUUUUACCGUGUUGUUCGAUCAAUAGCAUGAUUCAGAUAAUCGCGCAUCGCUUUAAACUUGUCACGCGAAACCAUUAGAUGUUAACGCGAUGAGAUUAUCGGCAUCGAAGCUCACAGACGUUUUUCGAGAUUCUCCGCUUCUACUUAUGUUACGUUCAAGCGAAUGAAAAAUCCGAUAACGGGACGAAUCGUUUUCCAUCGGGAAGGAUAUCGCAGCGACGAGGACGACACGCGAAAAGGAUUCACCUGAUUCCACCGCGGGAUCGACGAAGACGCGAGAUUCGCGCGCGUUUUCUUUCAAAAGACAAUAUCGCAUCAUUUCGCACACUUGCAAUGGAAUGUGCGUCGAUUGAUGUUUAAGAAACGUAGUGACGUCAAGACGCGCGUAAAUUUUCGCGAAACUUGCGCGAAAGACGAAGACGAUCUCGGGGCGAGUGUGAGGGGCGGAGGGAGAAAGAUAGAUCGUCUUCGACUUAAUCUGUCGUUGACGUGACCUGACCCAACCUAACCUAAUCUAAUGUAACUUUUGCACAGUGUCGAACUUCACCUGGUCUUCGUCCACCUCUGUCGUCCGUCGAGAAUACGCGCGUGUGAGUGUGUGUGUGUGCGCGAGCGCGGGCGCGCGAGACCAUUCUUCCAAACAGUGUUCGUCGAGACGAGAUGUAACUUUGCACAUUAGCCGGCGGACAUCGACGUAAGCCUGAAACUACCCUGCGACUAUCACGAUGCCAGGAACGUGCUUGAUGACCGAUGCGGUCAAGACAGCGGAUAGUUAGUGAUGAGGAGGAGCAAGUUAUCGGCGUGCCGACGGCCCAGGUCACCAGUAACAUGCCAGUCCUUGGUCCCAGCGCCGAUUCAACUCCACUUCGAGGACUUCUGAUCGCCGUCUUCGUCCUAUUGUCCCUGCCGCGUUGUCGUUGCACGGAUCUAGGACAAUGCACUACGGCUUUGGGUAUGGAGAACGGAGAAAUCCCCGAUGAAGACAUCUCGGCGAGUUCUAUAUACGAUCCCAGUCUCGGACCGAAACAUGCCAGGCUACGACAAGAUAAGGGCGGUGGCGCGUGGUGCCCGAAGGACCUGGUGACGAAGGAAGGGAAGGAAUAUCUGGAGGUGAACUUGCACACUCCGCGUUUACUGACGUCCACCAGAACACAGGGCAGAUUCGGCAAUGGUCACGGGGUCGAGUACACGGAGGAGUACUUUGUCGAGUAUUGGCGGCCGGGGUUCAACAAGUGGGUGCGAUGGAGGAAUCGACGUGGCGUAGAGCUUUUGGUGGGUAAUAACAAUGUAUAUACGGAACAGGAACAGAUUUUCGAUCCACCUAUAGUCGCAACAAAAAUACGCUUUAUCCCUUACACCUCUCAUGUGCGCAUGAUGUGUAUGCGCGUAGAGCUCUAUGGUUGCCCAUGGACAGAGGGUCUCGUCUCGUAUUCCAUGCCCCAAGGAAUCAAGAGGGGUACCGAGGUUGACCUCUCCGAUAGGACGUACGACGGGCGCGAGGAAGGAGGUUACCUCUCCGGGGGACUUGGUCAACUGGUCGACGGGCAAAAGGGUCCCGACAAUUUCAGAUUGGACGUCAGCGGCAACGGAAAGGGAUAUGAAUGGGUCGGCUGGCGAAACGACACGCCCAAUAUGCUUGGACGUCCGGUGGAAAUAACUUUCGAGUUCGACUACUCGAGGAACUUCACUGCCAUACACCUACACAUGAACAAUUACUUCACCAAGGACGUGCAGGUUUUCUCGUACGCGAAGGUUUACCUCGGCACAGGUGGUAACCAAUUCACCGGCGAGCCGGUCCAUUUUUCUUAUAUACCCGAUCAGGUGCUCGAGCAAGCGCGCGAAGUCACCAUAAAGCUGCACUCGCGAGCCGGCCGCUUCCUAAAGCUGCAGCUCUACUUUGCGGCGCGGUGGAUCAUGCUCAGCGAAGUAAUCUUCGAAUCAGUUAUCUCCGAAUGGAACAAUACCGAGGACGAAGAGGCGAAGAACAAGAGUGCCAUUGUACUGGCAACCGGCAGCCCCUAUCAGAAUAACGAGGGUCCACUACAGAGGGACGAAGUGAAGGCUACUUUUAAUAAGGAGGAGAGUAAAGAUAACACCUUUUCAGAUAAGAGCAAGAAACCAGAAUCGAGGCAGUUUGUCGGAUUGGUGAUUGGCAUCUUGACGACCGUAAUCGUGAUGCUGCUCGCAGCUAUCAUGUUCAUUUUUUAUCGGAACCGUAGACUUAAGGCUGCUCUCGCACCGUCAACUUUUUAUGAUCAGCAAGGUGAUCUCAAGGUCUCCGUGGCGGAGGAGGGCGAGGACAAGGGACCAAUUUGCCCCCCACUUCCAGCGCAGUAUCAACCAGCCGCCUACAGCACCACGACGCCGCAAUUGCACAAAACUGUCACGGAUUAUACCGGGAUCACCGAGGUGGUGCAGCCGAUUAUUCCCCUCCUACUUAACUCGACGAUCAAUCUUGCCAGGCCAAUUCCGGCGGUCCAAGAAUAUCCGCCUAACCCGCCGCCCAUACCACCACCUCCGGAAAAGUAUUACGCCAGUACGGAGAUCUGUAAGAGUCCUCUACCACCACUGCCACCCUCACCGACACCGAGCACACCACCUCCGAUGAGCGCGAAAGCCUCCAGCAGUGUGACUAGUUAUAGUCCGGAAGAUAUGUUGACGGAAGAAGAAGACGAAAUACCCGAGUGCAUCCUCGAUUUUCCGCGAGAGAAACUCAACAUUGUUGAAAAUCUCGGCUGCGGCUACUUCGGCGAUGUUCAUCUCUGCGAAGUCGAUAGGUUUCCUGGAUACGAUGAGUUCUUUAGGAAUACUUCCAGCGAUUUGGUUGUUGUUAAAUCCUUGAAACCAGGCUCUUCCGAUACUCUCAGGAUAGAAUUUCAACAGGAAGCAAAGAGGCUAGUACGACUCGUCGAUCGAAAUGUCGCGCGGCUACUUGGUGCCAGCCUCGAGGACGAUCCCAUGUGUAUCGUAUUGGAAAACGGCGAGUACGGGGAUUUAAAUCAAUAUCUGCAAAGUCACAUCGCCGAGACAUCGAAUUUGCACAUGGCUAAAACGCUCAGUUUCGGCACAUUGGUUUACAUGGCCACGCAAAUAGCAUCCGGCAUGAAGUAUCUUGAGGAAAUGGACUUCGUGCAUCGGGACCUCGCCACGAGGAAUUGUAUAGUGUGUCGCGGAUGUACCAUUAAGGUAUCCGAUUUAGGCAGCGGACGAAGCGCAUACGCGGCGGAUUACUUCCGUGUCGAUGGACGUCCUCCAUUACCAAUUCGAUGGAUGGCAUGGGAAUCAAUGCUAAUGGGAAGGCACACAUGCAAGGGCGACGUCUGGGCGUUUGCCGUCACACUGUGGGAAAUUCUGACGUUCGCGCGAGAGCAACCUUUCGAGGAAUUUCCGGAUCAUCGAAUAGUGGAGAACGCGACUUAUUUUUAUCAGGAGGACGAGCGAAGGAUGAUACUACCCCUGCCAAAGAACUGCCCUAAAGAGAUCUACGACUUGAUGCGUGAGUGCUGGCAGAGGAACGACAUCGACCGGCCAAACUUCCGCGAGAUCCAUUUGUUUCUACAACGAAAAAACCUCGGAUACAAACCCGGUGAGUCGAACGAUACCUGAUAUAGAGAACUGGAAGGCUGGAACCUUAUCCGGCUUUCUAUGAUCGGCGAGUUAAACGGCAAUUGGUGGAACUGCCCCUCAUCGACCAAGCUAGACCAAGUCAGACCAAGUUAGUAUCUAGGGUGACGGUCCAUAAAUUGUCUGUAACAGACGUGUAUCGGUUGUGACGGCCCGUAAUCGUACGCGUUUACUGUGUCGAUCAUCUAAAUCAUCGACUAUGAUACGUUCAUGACAAAGGAGUCGAAACUGAUCGCGUCCGGAACUUUUCACGGUUAUUACGAUUAUGACAUUUUUUUUGGCCGUCAUUACUCAUCGCUAUAAACAGCGCUGUGAAUUUAUCGACAAUGUGAAUCGCACAAAUCAUUAAUCGCCGUAGCACCUGUGUGCAAAGAGACAUUAUCUGUAUAAUAAUGAGAAAUAUAUAAAAGUUAAAUUUUUUAAUGAUUCCUUUGCAAUUAAAGUUGCAGAAUGGAUCGUACAAUGAAUCGACAUCCAUCUUGCCAAUGUACGUAUUUAUUUAACGAUGCGCAAAGCUUGACAAUCGCCGUAUUGUAUGUUAAUUUUGUAUAUUUUCUUUUUAAUCUCUAAUCAUAGUACUAAUUUUCAUAAUACAUAUUACCGAUACAUAUUUAAUGUAUAAUUCAUUUGAUUAACGUAAUGUCAUUAUUAUUCAAUCUUCCGGCAAUUGUCUUCGUGCAUUUUCUUUUUCUCCUUUAUCCUUCGAUUAUCCCGCCUGCAAAAGUUACACGUCGUUCAAACCGGGUAACCCCUCGAUAAUGAUAGCGACUAUCUGCGGCAACCGUAUCCACGCAAUCGAAAUGGAUAGAUUAUGAUUUUGAUCCGCGCCAUUCGAUACGAAAUGGAACGUUACUGGUGUCGGCAAUACGCGGGGAGCACGUUCGAUAAAUCGCACAUACGCUGCUCCGAAAUUGAUACUGUCAGCAAACAAGCUUAUGAUAUUCCCGCCGUAACGCUACUCGCGUCACGUUCGGGAUAUACGUGGAUCGUACUCGAAAAUCGCGCGUUGUACGUAACAUUUCCGCCGACGAAUAACAUAGUCCAUUCUAAACUCCGACUCUCUCGAGAAAAAAAAGAAGAAAAAAAAAAAGAAAAAAAGUGGUUUCUUUAUCCCGGGGUCGGAGUCUUUGCGAGUUUCACGUGGGAUUACGUUAUCCGUUUUCGAGCCUUUUGUAUGUCAGUUCCAUAGACAUGUUUGCCAAGAAAAAAUUUGUUUGUCCAAAUAUACAUAGAUCUAUAUAUAUAUAUAUAUAUAUACACGUAUAUACAUAUAUACCAUUUAUAAUACAGUUAAGCAAGUUGUUGUUUUUAGUAAAGCGAAAUCUAUUGCGAGUGUAUACGACUGAGUCGAUUGUAAUAUUGAUCAAUGUUUUCGGUGACAUUUGACAUAAAUCACUUAUACUGUUCGCCAGAUCCGAUUUUAUUGCCAAAGCUAUCGUUCGAGAAGACAAAUUUGAAGACAGACUAAUUAUUAUUCAUUCUAUCGUUUAAUUGCAUGACCAAUAUCUUUCUCACCAAUUGACUCGAACGCGCGACGAGCUUUCUUUUUAACUAUUUAAUUGAACAUUUACCGCAGUAUGGCGUGCGGAAGAAAUUAUACAAACGUCGCUUCAAGGAGCUUAUAAAUGCACAAAGAAUCAUGAAAUGAGUUUAAGAGGAAAACGUUCUGUAAAAUUAAUCAGACGUACACGAAACAUUUUUCGGUAGAGUUCGGGAAAAGGAAUAAUCUUAAGCCGCGAGUUUGCGUUUAAGUUCCCUUAAACUACUAUUAAGCUUAAGGUGCGCUUAGCCGAAGUGCAUAAAUGUUUGACAAUACCAUUAGAGGUUGCAGUAUAAAUUCAUAUAGAGUGUGUAAAGAAUGUUAAAGGAUUAAUCGACGCAAUGUAAAUUAUUAGAUCGUUCUAAGACUGGCGUUCUAUGGCGUCGGUCGUAUCGUUUUGUGAUCGUUAACUCUAUCGAUUCGCAAAACUUUGCUUGUGUCCCGUUGCUCGGCAAAAGCCACAAAGUUGGAUACGUCGUGAUUUUAAAGAGGAAGAAAAAAAGAAGAGAUGAAGCACAUGUGACCUGACGUUAAGUUUAUAGCGUGGAAUAGAGAUGGGCGAUUUACCCGGUAAAUGUUUUUGCUUGAUCUAAUAUGCAUAAAAUCCGUUCGGCUUUCUAUAUGUAAACAGUUUUACAGGCUAUAAACAUUUAAUGGUGGAAGCUUAAUUAUUUCUGCCUUUCUUGAUGAUCGAUUUUAUGCGAUUAUUAUUUAUUCGUUGAAUUUUUUUACUUUAGUCUGAACAAGCACGUAUAUAUUCCGGCGGUAAAAUACAUUUCCAGGUAAAUGGCUAUCGUUAAUACGAAAUAAUGAAAGACUUCUAUACUUGUUAGAGUGAGUCUGUACGAGAUGUGUAGCGAAAGAAAGAGAUAAAUAGCUGUGCAAAUCGU